GCCCUAGCCUCCGCGGCCCCGGCCGGACUGGCGCUCGCCCCGGCUCACCAUGCACUGCCACGCCGAGCUGAGGCUGAGCUCGCCCGGCCAGCUCAAAGCAGCCAGGCGGCGCUACAAGACCUUCAUGAUCGACGAGAUCCUCUCCAAGGAGACCUGCGACUACUUUGAGAAACUUUCCCUCUACUCCGUGUGCCCGUCACUGGUCGUGCGGCCCAAGCCCCUGCAUUCCUGCACCGGCUCCUCUUCCCUCCGGGCAUAUCCUCUCCUCUCGGUGAUCACCCGACAGCCCGCAGUCAUCUCCCACCUGGUCCCUGCCACCCCGGGAAUCGCCCAGGCGUUGGCCUGCCGCCCGGUCACUGAGGUGGUCUCCUCCGAGGCCCCGGGCGGUGAGGCCUUGGCCAGCAGUGAGUCGGAGACGGAGCAGCCCACACCACGGCAGAAGAAGCCACGCCGGAGCCGGACCAUCUUCACCGAGCUUCAGCUUAUGGGCCUGGAGAAGAAGUUCCAGAAGCAAAAGUACUUGUCCACCCCAGACAGGUUGGACUUGGCCCAGUCUCUGGGGCUCACCCAGCUGCAGGUGAAGACUUGGUAUCAGAAUCGUAGGAUGAAAUGGAAGAAAAUGGUUCUUAAAGGUGGGCAGGAAGCACCCACAAAACCCAAAGGCCGGCCCAAGAAGAACUCCAUCCCCACAUCAGAGGAGAUUGAAGCGGAAGAGAAGAUGCACAGCCAGGUGCAGAGCCAGGAGCUCCCAGAGCCGCCCCAGGGCCAGGAGCAGCUCUGCGAAGCCCCAGAGCCUGUAGCAGGCGACUGCCCCUUAGACAGGACAGAACCACCAGGCCAGGCCCAGGAGUUGCCAGUAGUCUCUUCUGAACCUCCCCCAUUAAGCUAAAGUAGAACUCUUUUGGGGGGAAGAGGGAGACAGGGAAGAAGGGAAAAGAGAGAAAGCGGGGAGUGUAGAGAGAAAAACUUGCACCAGCCUGGUGAUCUGGAGGGAGCAGAUCCACCUGCCUCCCUCCCACACACUGUUCCCGGUGGCCUUUCCAUCACCAGCAUUUGAGGAGGACGUGAUGGUUUUAGACUUCUCUUCCUGAAAGGCUGCCUUAAGCACGGAAGACCUUGACUAAGAGUGACAGCACCGUGGGGCUGUCUGCCCGAGCUGGGGUGACGGCUGUAGGGGCCGGGUCUGUGCUGCAAGCCCUGCCCUGGGGUGCAGCGGAGGGCACUUGGCUCUCUCCCUGCCACCUUGGGCAGCCGGUCAUCCAUGCAGGGACACAUAGAGACAUGUGGGGAGCAUGCCCAGGCUCCUUGCUGACUCAGCACUUAUUUCUGUAGUUUAAAAAGAGAAUUUAAUGUUUUUGGUUGUUUUGUUUGUGGGGGGAGGGUAAAGGAGGGCAAAA